UUGUAAGGACGCACCAUGUUGUCUGUCGUCGCUAGACCUCUGAGCAAAGCAGUCACUGGUGCCUUGAGUAAAGCUACGGUCGCAAUGGCAGACGCUCUGGCUAAAAUCCCCGAUGUGGAGAUUGAUCCAGAGGGAACCUAUAAGUACAUACUGGUCAGAGUGAAAGUCAAAGAUGGCGAUGUGCAUAAAGACAUAGUACGAGGCACAAAAAGUGCAGAGUAUCACAAUCAUAUAUUUGAGAAGGUCAAUCCAGCUAUGGAGGCCCUGGGGAUGGAGUGUAAAUGCCUUGGUGGAGGGAAGAUAGAGCACAACAGCCAAGAGAAAAAACUAAGGGUGUUUGGAGAAUCAACUGCAUUUGGUAAAGCAGACCAUUCUGUGUCUGCAGAGAAGUUGAAGAGUGCCUUCAGCGACUAUGAGAUCACCUGGUCUGAUGACAAAAAAUAGAGUAGAAGAAGAGUGUAAACCUAUUUAAAAUGUUUCUUUAUUUUGUUAAUACAAAAACUACAUCAUAAUUGACCCUUCUGUACAACCAUCAUUUCAUUCAAAUACAUCAUUCUGCAUUUAACUGCUUGUGUCUGAUUCUGUGAAAACUGACUCCUUAAAAAUAUUUACACAAGCUCUGCAGGUGUUUUUUUUUAUAUUUAAACUAAAAUGGGAUGUAGUAUGAAUUAGAAUAGAAUGAUUCUUUAUUUAUUGUUGUUUGAUUUACUUACAGAAUUGAAGGCAGGUUGCCAAGCGUGAAGUCCAUAGAGGAAGGGGAGAGUCCGUUGGAAUCACUAACAUAUCCUGUUACUUUGAGGGAAAGUUUCUUGUUUAAAUAACCAGAAAAAGAUAAGAGAGGCUUUUAUUUGUCGUCACGGGUAUAUGCUUUCAUUUUUGUGUAAUGCUAAACAAUGCUAAACUUCAAACUAAAUUCCACAGUGCUUAACAAACAAUAUAAAAUAUAAAUAAAGAAAUAAAAUGUGAAGAAAAAAAGUUACAGAGGGAUAAAAUGGCCUGAGUGGAGACGUACUUACAAUUAUUACACUUUUCAUCUCUUUUCAUCAACAUUUAGAAUUCAAGACUUUCUUUUUUUUGUCUCUUUAUGCAUUAUUUAAAACUAAAGUGAAAAGUCAGGGGAUCGCCAAAGUCAGUAGGAUUCCUCUGGGGACUACAAAUGUAUGUACAAAAUUUCAUAGUAAUGCAAUUAAGGUUGUCCUAGUAUGUCAGUCUGUCAAAGUAUAGUGGAUCCAUUGAGCAUUUAUUUGUAAAACACAAAUCCCACCAGAAAAAAAGAAGAAAAAACACUCAUAUAUAUGUUGGACACUUUCAUCACUAUUUGUGAUCUAUCCUGAAAGCAAGAAAACCAAAGUUCUACUCUGUAUUGUUAGGAAGUGAUGAUACCGAGGCUAUGUUUUUAAAGGGCUGUCUUGAUAGAAUAUCCAGUUUUGUCCUUCCUUUGGUCUUGUAAAUCUAUGUUAGUCUAUUAACCACACAAUUAGUUACUUUAUUCCUGUGAGAUUCCAUUAUCCAUAUUACAAGAGUCUACAUCCUUUUCCUCUGGACUUUCCCACAAGACUUUUUUUUUAAUGGUACAUGUUGUAUUUCAGCAGUGGAGCACAUUGCCAUCACUUUCCUUUUUUGUUUCUGACUCACCAUUUACUGUUGAAAAAACCCAAGAGGAAGAUUAGCACAUAACUCUGCAGACUACAUGAACAGAAAUAACUACUGUUGACACUGAAGAGCGCUCCUUUUCGUUUAAACCCCAUCAGUGGCCUUAACAUAGACACCACUGGUGUGCCAGUUACCAUGUGACCUCAAAAAAGAAAAACAAAAAGGCAUCUUCCUUUUCAUCCCAAAUCCGGGAGCAGUUUCCUCUAAACUGAUAACCUUUCUAUUAUCUACAAACAGGGAGGUCAGCACAGGAGGGAGAAAUAUUAGACUGUGUUAGAGUCACCGCUCUUCUUGGGAAAUGUUUUAAAUGUUACAGUAAAAGUUUAAUGAGAUUUCACAUAAAACAUUAGACUUGUCUAUGACCAAACCGUAAUCAGUCUGUGUCGUCAUGUAAUGGUUAUAAAGGCGAUUUCUAUAAUCCAGUUAGAUGCCUUUGUCAUAAUCUUUACAAUCCCUAAAAUGUAUCAGAUUUUUUGAAGAUCUGUUGGUUCAGUUCAGAUCUUUAUUGUCCCUCAAGGGGAAAUUGAUUUACAGUAGAGAUGAUAGAUUAGAUUAAUUUUAAUUAAUUCUAAUCUAUCUAAUCUAUUCUCUCAAAUUUGUCUUUCACAAUAUUUCUGUUUAUAAUGAUGAAAAUAACAGUUUACAAAUGGAAAAGACAGACACAGUCCAUCCUAACAUCAAGUGUCUGUGUUGAGGUGCACUUGGUCAAAAUGCUGAAACACAGGAGAUGCUGAACUUUGUCCUUCUUGUGGACAGGGCAAGAGAAAAUAAUUUUCUUUGGGAAGCAAAAACAAAUCUGAAACAUGCUUGUUAUGAUCUUGCAAUAGCCAAACUACUGUAUUUAUUUUUUUGUACCAAAACCUGUUUUUUUAUGUUGAGAUUAAAGAAAUGAACUGGG